GGAUCCAAAUAAACAGUAGAGACUGGGAGUUUGACUUGAGUGAACGAGUAAGACAGUUAUUGGAUUUGUUGUUGUCGGAUAUUUUUCUUAUGGUGUGAUUCAGCCCCGUGAAGUUUAGUGUUAAUCGUUACUAGUUGCAGUUAGACAUCAUUGCGAUAGACCACAUAUGAUGCAUUUAUUGAAAACAAGCGCGAAGUCUUCAGGAUGUGGAUCCGCCCAAAUUAUUUUGAAGGUUCAGAUAUUGCUCAACGUUUAUAUUUGAGCUUAGGAUUCUUACUUGUGGGUGGAUCCUGCCCCAUAUUGCUGGUUUUGUCAUUGAUCAGCGGUAGUAACAAGUACGAUCACACCAUAUGGCUGUCCAAUUGACCCAGAGGGCCAACAGGAAGAUGUGGCGAGUAAUGUGUUGAACAAUGCCCAGCUGGUUCAACUGCUGUAGGCAGCAAGAGGAAGAAGUUAGACGGUUGGAUUUCCAGCACUGUGUACUAAAUGAUGUUCCAGCACAGGUGUUUGCAUUUGAAAGGACAUUGGAGGAGCUGUAUUUGGAUUCUAAUAGGAUUUGUGACCUUCCGAGACCAUUGUUUCAUUGCCAUGGGUUGAAAGUGUUAUCCCUCAGUGACAAUGAAGUACAAGGAUUACCACCUGCAAUAGCUUCCCUAAUUAACCUUCAGUACCUGGACAUCAGUAGAAAUGCUCUUGGAGAUAUUCCAGAUAACAUAAAGGGAUGCAAACAUCUCAAGUAUGUUGAUGUUAGUGUCAAUCCUCUAGAAAAGUUACCAGAAGGCUUCACACAGCUUAUUGCACUAGAAGAAUUGUACCUGAAUGAUACAUAUCUUGAGUAUCUGCCAGCCAAUUUUGGGCGCUUAAUGAGACUGAGGAUAUUAGAAUUGAGAGAAAACAAUCUGAAUACCCUUCCAAAAUCAAUUGUUCGUUUAAGAUUCUUACAGAGACUGGACUUAGGUCAGAAUGAUUUUUCAGAUGUUCCAGAGGUAAUUGGAAAUCUACCUAAUAUUACUGAGCUGUGGGUGGACAACAAUAGAAUACGAUCAAUCCCAAAGAUAAUUGGAAAUCUGAAAGACCUUGUUCACUUCGAUGCCAGUGGCAAUAACAUAAAAUGGAUAGCAUCUGAAAUAGGACACUGUACAAAGCUUGUUGAUCUGACACUUUCAUCAAAUGAAAUAAAGACUGUCCCUGAAACCCUUGGGAAUUUGAAGGCUUUAGUCACCCUCAAAUUAGAUGACAAUGAACUUGUAGGAUUGCCAAACAACAUGGGCAAAUUAUCCAGUUUGGAAGAGCUGAUUGUGAGUCAAAAUGACUUAACAAUGCUUCCAGCUUCAAUUGGACUUCUGAGGAAGCUUCACAUUCUGAAUGUAGAUGAUAACAUUUUACAAGAACUUCCACCAGAAAUUGGAAGCUGUUCCAGCCUGUCCAUAUUAAGUGUGUGUGGAAAUAAACUCCAUCACAUCCCUGCUGAAAUUGGACACCUGUCAAAAUUGUGUGUAUUGAAUUUGAGUAAAAAUCGUCUGAAAAAUUUACCUGUUUCAAUUCUGAAUCUCACACAACUUAAUGCUCUGUGGCUAUCAGACAACCAGAGCAUGCCUCUGCCCACUUUGCAACAAGAAAUGGACAGAGAGACUAAUCAAAUGGUUUGUGUGAAUUUUAUGUUACCACAGAGCUCCCAGAAAUAUCACAUUUCAGAGAUGGAAAGAGUAAGAAUACAGGAAAUAACCAAACGACCAGAUACCAAAACAAGGCGGACAAAACAACAUAUAAGCUUUGCAGCAGAUGCAGUUGCUGAAGAACCAGGUCGCCUGAUGCGAGCCCCAACUCCAUACCCAAAAGAACUACGUGCAAUGGCUAAGCAUGCUAGGGCAAUUCAGCAGAUCCAAAAAAAGACUGAGAAAGAGGUGGAAGAAGAUUUACCACUUCUUGAAGAGAUGGUGCCAAAGCCAGUCAGUGAUGUUGUCAUAAAGGAAGCAAAGGUUAAGAAACCAGCCAUACCACAGUUUCCAAGUACUGUAAAUUCACAAAAUGAAUCCAAGGAGUCUAUGGGAAAUGGUAGGGAAAACGAAAAUCUUGAUAUUUCUGAUAACAGAGUUGAAGUCCCUCAAGAUUUCAAGCAAGGCUUAGUUGUCAACAGAAAUAAGAUUGAUGAUUUGGAUGCAGCUAGUCCAGUUGUAGCUGUAGGAGGAGGACCUGUUAUCCGUGAAGCAAAGUAUGUGAAAAAAUCCACAAAUUCUUCUGCAGCAGAAGAAAUGUCCAUGAGCAGUGUAGUCUCCUGCUCACCUUGUGAGCAGGGCCAACCUCAACCUCCUCCAUAUUACAUUGCUGCAGCAUAUUCAAAACAAGCUGCAUAUUUUAGACAACAAGAAAAUAUGCAGAUGCAGAAUAAGCAGAAAGCCCAAGCGUCUCCUGAGGAUUAUCAAGGAAUGUUGCCACCUACACCUGUGCAGAACUCAAAUUUCCAAGAUGAGGAGAAGAACCGUAAUUCAUUUCUACUCGUCACAGAUAAGGAAGAUAUUGCUCCUGAUAAAAAUUUUAGCGGCCAUUUGAAUGACGAAUCUGGUUUGAUACAUACUAAAUUGAGUGCAUUGGAAGGUGAUGUCACUAAUCUUGGUGGGUCUUACGAUAAUUGUAAAGAACGACAUGAGAAAUUUACUGAAGAGUUGCCCAGUUUGUCUCCAUUCAUCAGCGUAAAGACAGAAGAUAGCAGUAAAAUGGGCAAUUUUAUUUCUGGAAGCAUAUUGAAUCCGGAACAAUUGAAUGAAACAGUGGACUCAAAUGCAACUGGUUUCCCUGCUGACACAGAUAAGAAUUGCGUUAAUCAAAAUACAGCAUUUUCACAUACAGACUCACUAGAAUCAGAUGCUGAGAAGGAUAUAAUGGAACCAAUGGCUUUUACUCAAGAAAAAGCACAUAUAACAGAAAACGUGAUCGUACCGACACCACAGCGACCAAAUUCGAGACUGUCUAAUACCCCUACGUGUGAAUCAAGCCUUUGCAACCCUUCUGUUAAUUCGGCAACUUUAUUGCAGAAUAUAACACGUGGUUCUACAAAUACGGCAACAGUAAAGUCUACAAAGAUUCCUUCUCUAAGGUUGCCAGUAAAGCAGGAAUGCAAUGCAGUGACCAGGGCUGAUAAGACAACUCGUACUUUGGGUCCUCCAGUGACUUCAGGUAUUCCCCUGCCAGGAUUUUAUUCAAAUAUUGGCUCGAAGAGGAGCUCGUACAGCUCACAAUCAUCAGGAAGCAGGCCCAGUUCUGUAGCUCCCGCAAAUGUUGUGCCAGAUACUUCUCUUGCAGAAUCUGUGUUGAAUUAUGCAAAUCUUCCACCUGUUAAGUUGGCCUCCAGUGCAGUUGGAAAUGGCUUCAUAAAAAAAGAUGAAGAUGUAUCUGAUAACAGAUCUCCUGUACCAAUGAAGGCCACCCGGACUUCUCAGACUGACCAUAAUCGUAAACACAGUCGUAUACCUGUUGGAAUGGGAUCUAGUGCACAAAAAGCACCUGAAGUUACAGCAAAACCAAGUAAAGUUUGGAUGUUUGGUCUUCACAAAAAUGCUACAGUGUUCCCUGUAACAAUUACCAAGAGUCCUGGGCUUGGAUUCAGUAUAAUGGGUGGUGUGAAACGAGCAGAUAGGCAUGAUAAUGGAAUUUACAUAACGAAAGUUAAUCCAGAUGGUCCAGCAAGUGGCUUAUUGUUCCCAGAAGACAAAAUUUUAGAAGUGGACGGGAUUGAUUUUACAAAACUAGAGCAUGAUGAUGCAGUAAGGAUUCUAAAGCAAACUGGAAACAUAGUAAACAUGAUGGUGUCAAGACAACAGCCAUAGUUUUGCUGUCAAGUUUUCAAUGCAGCUUCAUAUUACAUGUCGUGAAGUACAAUGUUUCAUUUGUUGAUGUUGUAUAGAAUAGCUAUUCUGGCUUCAGUUGAAGAGUACUGAAGAAUCUGUUUGGUGUCGUCUAUCAGCAAACCUGCCAGUGAUAUUAAUUUGACAUCAUCGCAUGAAGAAUUUUACUGCAGCUAUCUGUCAAAUGCUGCGAUUAUGGAACUCCAGUGUAACAAAUUUGUGCUAUUCAGUUGUUCCUAUGUCCAUUGAAUCUGUUAUUGCAUUGAUAAUUUUAUGAAUCUCACAGAUACUCAUACUUUCUGGUUGUGAUACAGAUCUUGCUAUAUUACUGUUGAACUGUAAAGAAGUCAAAAUAUUUAUUUUUAAUUCAAGUGUCCUGUAAUAACAAAUAAUACUCUACACAGCUGUUGUUCGUCCUUGAAUGUUCUAAUAAAUAUAUGAUUGUUAUAGUUAUACUUUGUCAUGUGACAAAAAAAAAAAAAAAGGUGUCAAAUGUCUGCAUGCUUUGUGUGUGUUUGUGGAGAGA